ACCAAAAUCUGUACUCACUGCUUGUAAUAUUCACACGUAAUACGCAUUUGAUUUGUAAAUGUUGUUUACAAUUUUGUAUCAGUUUGGCUCUAAAAAAGGUGAAGAAAGAUUGUAAUUAUUAAAGCCUGAAAGAUUGAAAUUAUUAGCUAGGUAGUUAUGCCUACUGUCUACAUUGUUAUUUUGCAAACACUAAUUGUUUCAGAUGAUAGCUGCUAAAACAAAAACAAUAGUACAAGAACUGUAUAAUAAUAGGACAUUAUGUUUGGACCUAUCACAAGUUUAGUUGCUACAGGUACUGCGAAAUUUGAGUAUGAACCUGUAUUUAGUGACGAAGAGAUCUACAAUAUAUAUGGCAGCACCAAUGGUUCUACCAAGAUCGUCUUACAAAGUAUUACUUGUAUGAAGGAGUACGAGUCUAAAUCGUUCGAAGAACUUCGCUUGGAAGACUGCCUAGCGGGCCGAGGGGGACUCCCCUGGAUAAAGUCCGGAGUAUUCCAGCAGACUAAGGACAAACCGAUAUUCGGAGGAUCCCCAUUCGGUCAAGACGCGACUACCAGCGAGCCUGGUGCCUUCGGUCAACAAGUGACGACUUGCGCGUCUAGCGUCUUCGGUCAACUCACGACUACUAGUUCGGCUAGUGCAAUCGGUCAACAUGCGACUACUUGUGCGCCUAGUGUAUUCGGUCAACCCUCGACUACCAGCGCGCCUAGUGCCUUCAGUCAGCAACCGAUGACUUACGCGUCUAAUGUGUUCGGUCAACCCUCAACUACUAGUGCACCUAGUGCCUUCGGUCAACAAGCGACGUCUUACGCGUCUAGUGUCUUCGGUCAACCCACGACUACCAGUGCGCCUAAUGCCUUCGGUCAACCUACGAUUACCAGUGCGUCUAGUGUCUUCGGUCAACCCACGACUACCAGUGCGCCUAGUGCCUUCGGUCAACAAGCGACUACUCGUGCGCCUAGUGUCUUCGGUCAAUCCGCGAUUACUUGUGCGCCUAGUGUCUUCAAUCAACCCGCGACUAAUGUCUUCGGUGGAGGCAUCGGAACCACCUCCAGCUUCGGACAGACCUCGUUCGGUCAACCCGCGAAGGCUAACACGUCUUGUGCCUUCGGUGGAGGCUUCGGAUCUACCUCAUGCUUCGGGCGGACCAGUCAGUUUCCAUGCCGAAAUAUGCGCGUGAAUGCUCAAACCUGCACACCAUGCAUGCCACAGGUCGGAAGCCUAUUCAAUGCAUGCAUGCAUGCAGGGAGCAUGCACGUCUGUGUAUUCCCAUGCAGAAACCAAACUUGGGAGGAAACGGAAAACUGUCUGACUAGUGGCACUAAAAUACACACGUGCAUGUUCAACUCAAAUCAAAUAUAUUCCAGAAAUUUUCCCAAAGAAAUUUUAGGUAUAGUUUAUAACAUUUUCGGCAACGCGAGAAUGGCUUUCGAACAUGCGUUAGCGAGGUUUGACGACGCUACCAAAAUGAUCGAGAAUAUUCGUAUUGAUUACCUAUUACCACUCGGGCGCACGAUCGUGAUAACCGAAUUCAAUGCCUCGAAGGAUGCGUUCGAUCAAUCCGUAAGGGAGUUUGCGCUGGCAUCGAACGCUUAUGAUUUUGUCUGCAUCAAUAAUAUUAAUGUCAGCAAUAUACAAACGUUUAGAAACGCAAUCAGUUAUUUGAAAAAUGCGGGUAAUAAGUUCGCAAAAACUGACGCUUUCAUAAAAACAACAAGCAAUACAACCAUGUCUAGCGUUUACUAUAUUUCUACCAUAACGGACAGUGGUGCUUUCUAUUCAGCCAAAAAUGCCAUUGCAUACGCUAACCAUGCGAUUGAAAUGGCUCGUCGACAUCUCGCUGAACUUUUCCCAUUUGAGACAUACGCGGCGAAAGACAGAUUUACUUUCGGUAAUGUGUCGGGUAGUUCUAUUAAUCCCUAUUUGAGUUUUGGUUCAGCGCCUAAUUGCUCUGAAACAGGUGCAAAGACUAAAAGUAUGUUUGGUCCUAAACCUAGUUUUCUAUUUGGUACACCAAAUAAAACCGGUCCCGAGAUACCCAGCGAUCCAACGUUUGGUACAAACCCAACUCUUUCGUUUGGUUCUAAACCAACCGUUCCGUUUGGUAUGAAUACUAGUACAGGGAAUAAUACCAGUGCCAAGACAAAUUGCGAUCCAAGUAUUGGUACAAAUCAAAAUCUUUCGUUUGGUACUAAACCAAGCAUUCCGUUUGGUAUGAAUACCAGUACAGUAAAUAAUACCAGUUCCAAGACAAAUAGCGAUCAAACUUCUGGUACAAAUCCAACUUUUUCGUUUGGUAUAAAUACUGGUACAGUGAAUAAUACCAGUGCCAAGACAAAUAGCGAUCCAACUAUUGGUACAAAUCCAACUCUUUCAUUUGGUACUAAGCCAAGCGGCCCCUUUGGUAUGAAUACUAGUACAGUGAUUAAUACCAGUGCCAAGACAAAUAGCGAUCAAACUUCUAGUACAAAUCCAACUCUUCCGUUUGGUAUGAAUACUAGUACAGUGAUUAAUACCAGUGCCAAGACAAAUAGCGAUCCAACUAUUGGUACAAAUCCAACUCUUUCAUUUGGUACUAAGCCAAGCGGCCCCUUUGGUAUGAAUACUAGUACAGUGAUUAAUACCAGUGCCAAGACAAAUAGCGAUCCAAGUAUUGGUACAAAUCCAACUCUUUCGUUUGGUACUAAACCAACCAUUCCGAUUGGUAUCAAUACUAGUACAGUAAAUAAUGCUAGUACAUACAACAUUAAAACUGACCGAACUAGUUUUACAAAUACCGGCAUUGCUUUGGGGCUACCCGAAUUUGACGUGAAAGCCGACUUCUCUAACAAUUCUGGUGGUGUAGUAAGAAAUAUGAAUCAAAAUACUAUUGCCCCUUAUUCUCAUCAUAUUCGUCGUGACACUGAUCAACAAAGCUUAAAUUCUAGACAUAACAGUUUGAACUUUGAUAAAGGAUACCCUAUAUCUGGAGAAAUUAGUCUUAAGGGUGAUUUAAAUGGACUGAAUACUGUAUUUCUUAGUCUUAAGAUUAGUAAAGAUGACCCUAAUUCUGAAAAUAUCAGUCUAAAGAUUAACGAAAGUGGCUGUAAUACGGCGGAUGAUAGUAUUGAUAUUGAUAAAGUUCGUCAUAUAUCAGGAGACACAGCACUUGAGAUAGAUAAAAAAGAUCCAAAUUUUAGAGAAAUUAAUUUUAUAAAUGAUAAAAUUGCUCCUAAUAAUGGAGAUACGGACUUGACGAUUAAUCAAUUCGUUUGUAAUCCUAGAAACAUUGUCAAGAUAAAUCAAGAUUGCCCUAAUUCGGGAGAUACCAAUUUUAGCCAUGAUAAAGUCGGUAAUAAUUCUGGAGAUGCCGGUGGACGCCAUGCUCAAUCAAAAAUUCCUAUGACUACCAAAGGUGAAACUGAUUCUGCAGAUACUGGUCUUAAAAUUGCGUCCGAUGGCCUUAAUUGUAAAGAUACGACAAAUAGGUAUGAUGCAGAUGGGCUUAAAUCCGAAGAUAUUAAUUUUAAGCAAAUAGAUGGUCCUAAUUCUGGAGAUACUGGUAGGCAUAAUGCCGAAGACGCGAGUCCUAACUCUGCUAAAGAUGAGACUUCUGCUGUAGAUGUUGGCCUUAAGAUUUCUUCUGAUGUCCUAAAUUAUAAAGAUAAGAACCUUAAGUAUCAUACAAGUGAGCUUAAAUUUGGAAAUAUAAGUCUCAAGAAUAUAGGUGACCCUAGUUCUGAGGUUACUGGUGGUCGCAAUGCUGAAGAUGGAAAUCCUGCUAACGAUGAUACUAAUUCUGCAGAUGCUGGUAUUAAGAUUGCGUCAGAUACCCAUAAUUGCAUUGAUACGAAACUGAAUAAUCAUUCAGGCGAGCUUAUAAUUGGGAAUGUAAAUCUUAAGCAAGUAGGCAGCCCCAAUUCUGAAGGUACUGGUGACCCUAAUUCUGAAGAGGCAAGUCCUAAGACUGCUAAAGAUGAAACUACUACAAAUGCCAGCCUUAAGAUUAAUUUUGACGCCCUUCUUUCUAAAGAUACGAAUCUAAAGUAUCAAAGUCAUUCAGGUAAGUUUAAAUGGGGAGAUAUCAAUUCCAAGAAUAAAGGUGAUUCUAAUUCUGGACAUACUGGUGGUAAAGAUACUUGUAGUAAAUCUGCUGAAGACUUGAAUUAAAUUCUAAAUAUACGGCUCCUAAUAAUGGGACAGGCUAACAGUGGAGUUAAAUAAAACUAUUAAAAAAGGUCGCAUCACCCCCUUUAUCUAUACUCGGUAAAGGAAACAGUGGGAUUUGGAGAAUUUCAUUGCAGAUUGGUGGGCGGUGCUAUUUAUAUUUUUUAACAAAAACCCCUAUUAGUUAUAAUUAAUAGUGAUAUUAAAUUGUUAUUGUGUAUACUCAUAAUAUUUUAUGGUAUUGUUUUUAAAUGUUUAAUUAAUAUCAUAGUUACAUAAAUUCCCAGAAUACAGAAAGAUCUUUAUUCUGGGAAUUUAUGAUGUACUGCAGAAUGGGGUUCAGGCAAAACUGAUCAAUGAUGUCAAAUUUAUAACAUUGUUAAUAACAUUGUUUAUUUUGUUUGUUUGAUUCUUAUUAUUAUUAUCGAUAUGCUAUACAAGUGUUGAUGUAUGUUAUGUAUAGGCAUGGCGAUUAUUGGUUUAAUAUGUUGCCAUAAUUAUUUUUGGGUAAAUUUUUCCUCACUACUGCCAACUCUAUUUUUGACAAGCAUGUAUUCUAUUAUCAAAAUUUUGUCUCUUAAUUUGGCGUAAUUUGUUUGAUGGGAUAUGAAAAGAGACAAGAAUAGUUUACUUUGGCUUCGUCUGUUUCGUAGCUACGUCUUUAGAACUCGCAUAUGGUUACGUGUUUUUGACAAUCGUUUGAAAAGAAUACCACUCUUGUAUGUAUAGUCACUGAUGGCGAUCAUUGAUUUAAUAUAAUAAAUAGUAAUAAUAAUAAUAAAUAAAUAUACUAAGACAAUACACACAUUGCCAUCUAGUCUCAAAGUAAGCGUAGCUUGCGUAAUGGGUACUAAGAUAACUGAUGAAUAAUUUAAUGAAUAGUGGUCCUCUGGUGGUACCUACCUAUGAUAGAUUAAGUAUAAAGUUUAUUUUUAAUAGAAUAUAAAUUUUUAUAAUUAUGUUAAACAUAAAUUUUAUGUUACAUUAUUUUUUUAAAUAAAUAAAAAGGUUUAUGGAGCUGUUAUUAUGAA